CUAAGCACUUGACCCGGAACAUUAAAUGUGUAGAUACAGUUUUGCUAUCACAUUCAUUGAAGAAACAUUACAUUUUUAGUUCAACGAGAACCGCGAAGUGAGCUUAGUGAUUAAGGAAAUGAUUCAAUUAAUUUUGGUGUUAAUUACGUUCGUCACAAAUUAUUCGUGCUAUGCUGCAACGACUAAGGUGAUCGAAAACGUGUACAUAGACCAUUUGGUCCAACGAUAUCUAACGGAGGAGAAACUUACAUGGACUCAAAUGUUCGCAAAUUACAGUAGCGAUCAGAAUACAAGAAACAUAAAUUUUAUUCGAAACAAAAUUCGCACUUUCGACACUGACAUCGUUGAUGAUCCAUACUUGUACUAUACGAUGAGUGCUGAUUACAUGUCGCAAUUCAUUGAUUACAUGGACUUUUACAAUUUGCAAACUUACGUCGAAGGACAUCUGAAUAAAGACCGAGAACAUUAUCGAACAUUCGAGGACACGUACUAUGUAUACAAACAUACACGUCUGGAUCAACUGUUUGACGAAAUUCUGGAGAGUUAUAACUCGACCUGCAGCGCAUGGUCCACUGAAAUGGAAUCCAGCAGCCAUAAAAUUUUCACGCUCUUCGAAAUACUAUCCGCCAAUUUACUCACUUCGUACAUGAAUAGCCAACGGUUCAACAUGAUUAAAGUUGUUGAUAAGGGAUUCGAUCAAGAACACGACUCGGAAAUAUUCAGAACGAAAUUUACCGAAAUGUACAAUAGGAUAACUAAAGCUGCUCUGGAGAGUUUGGAGAGAGCGAGUAGAAUCGCUUGGAUGUGUGAUAGUGAUGCGGACCAAGCUGAUGUAGGCGACUCACUGGAAAUAACAAACUUUCUCCGCGGCUACAUCGACAACGAAAUCAAUUUAAACAACGAAAAAUCAUGUUGGGGAACAUGUUCGGACUAUAAAUUUGCCAGGAAUUACGGUUGCUACAAUGGCACGUUUUGUGACGAACAACGAAAAGUUGGCGAAGCGGACCCAGUGUGUCGUGGCACGAUUGUAGAUUGUUUGUUCAUUGAAGACAAAAUGGAAGUUUGUCCAUCGAUGGUUAGCAGAAAUCGUCGCUACGAAUACAUUAACUAUGGAUGCACACCACACGACCGAAUGAACCAAAGCCGAUGUUUGACUAAUGGAAGAUACUUCGGACAAAGUGGAAAUUGUGUAGCAAAGCCGAGAACUUUGCAGACUUUUCGAAAUGAAUGGUUUAUGUCGUGUAAUUACUGCUUUUGCUAUUGCGACGAGCAGGGCAUAGAUUCGGAUCGAUAUUUCAGCCUUCGGGAAGUUGUUUCAGAUGUUAGGGAUAAUAUGAUCAUUUCCGGCAUUGCCAUUAUUAAACGGAACGGAAUUUUCUCGUUUACCAUCAGACAGUCAAAACUCGUUUCCCGAGGACGAGUGCAACAGCAAAAUCCGGGAGUAAACGUUAUUUUCUCAGACUUUAGACGGUCAGAUGCUGGCAUCGUCGAAGGAGUGGACUAUCACACAUUGUCCUGGCAGAAUCGUUCGGUCAAUUUAGACACCAUCAUACUACCUCGCGGAUGUGUGGUAACUGGAGUACGUUUCGUCGUCGAACGAGAACACAUUGGCUUGCAAAUUAGAUCGACAAAGUUCGAUUUCAUCAGCGGAACACUUUUCGAUGCAAACGAAUGGGUUGGCAAAGAUGUCUGGGACCGGAAGAAUAUUCAUAUCGAUCGUCCAGAACCGAAUCGGUACCAUGAUGUUUAUGGCGCUUAUCUGUCUGAACCGGACUUUCGGCCGAACUUAUUCGUCAAAUUCCGACCUUCGGAUCCGGACAAGGAUGCUGGCCAAUCGACAGUGCCUUUUAUCGACUCACAAUGGAUUCGACCCAAAAUUUUAACGCCAUUGUCCGGUAUCGGCAUUUAUUACAAAGGAAAGCCCGGAAUGGGUGGAUUCAUAGCACCAGCUAUCGUUGUGUACGAUAAGACACCACAUAUUGGAAAUAAAUUGUCUCCAUAACCAUGCGUUUAUUGAGCAAA